CGUAUGGUAACUCUAGUGCCUUCAGUCGCUUGAAAACAGCACGACCUUGCCAUUAUGAUUUUCCAGGAGUUGCACAUCACGAGUCUGAGCCAGCUACUUUCGCCCUCGCACCGCAUGGCGGACAGUAGCUCCGGAUCUGUUCCUUGGAAAUGCCAUGUGCUACAUCAAACCGAAAGUGGCGACUUCCCAAGGUACAGUACAACCAGAGAUCGGGUUCAAUUUCUUAUUCUGUUCAUCGUGUCACUUUUCCACUUCUGGCUCGUGCCGAUUCUCCUGGCUUUUUUUGAUGGAAUGGAAAUGGCCAACAAUUGCGCCAGAGAAUGAUGGAAUGCUAAGAAUAUCCUGACCAAAACAUGAGAUGGUGAAAUCUCUUCCCUGUCCAGGCGGUCCUGUCCUGGAUGGGAAAGCAGGAAGCCGAAGCAGAAGCAGAAGCUGCAUGAGACCACGAGCAGCCUUCUGGCCCGCGUUGAUGAGAUGGAUGAUGGGCCAAUAUGAAGGGCAGGAGAGGAGCUACUUACCCCUCACAGCUCUGAUGCAACUGAAAAUACGCCUCAGUGUUGCCUCGAGUGCCGCUGUUGAGAGGAAAGCGGCAUUGAGCGAAAUCUUCGUCGGUAUCUGGUGGGGGUUUGACUUUGUAAAUAACAUUCAAGGUAGGGUAGACCUUCUGGUAUGUUGAGAUUUGCAAUUCCUUCAUCUCUUCUCAACAGUGUGAUGACAUUCUGCAUUUUGUACCUUUGCGGAUCGAUUGAUGGGAGAUUUGGUUUCACUCCGCGAAACAUAUUGAAUGCUGCUUUUCCAAGAUGCCUGUGGGGACCUGUCAAACCGACGGCUAGAAAACCGUGGCAGGAGAAAACGCAGGUGUUCGGGACGGGAAUUGAUUGGCAAAUGCUCUUUGUUGCCUUGUCGAGGGAAGGCAAAGCAGCGGGUCAGACAAACGUACGUCACUGGUAGGAAGGCGUGGGCUGUGUCGUGCCUGCCCUGCCUUGGAGCUAAUGAAUCCUGCAAGUGCCUCCCGUACUUCAAUCAGCAGACUAGGUACAACAAUGUUAACCUCCACUUCUUCCUCUUCAUCUCAUAACCUUUCUCACCUUUGCUUGAGGAUUCCUAAACUCGACUACAUUGUGUUGUGGUAAGUGAAUCAAUCUUCUUACUACUGCCCCCCUCCUCUCAUGUCUCAGGCUAGCAAUAAUAAUAAGCAUGGUCUGACUGAUUACAACUCCAGCUAGCUCUAUAAACCGCCAGCACCUUCCCUAAGAAUCCUGAAUCUUCUGAUUCUACACCGACUUGGAUUUGUCUUUCAAAAAGACCACUUGUGCUUCUGACUUGCUCUUCCAUCAGUCAACAAUACCACAAAUUGUCUCCGAGUAGCCAGGAUGUCGUCCUUUGCUGGUAUGCAACAUUCUCCGAUUCUCAACCACCCCAUACCCCGCAAUCGAGCUAACACAUUUGGUAGCUGCAAAUCCCUUUUCAAGACGAGAGGAGCACCCGGCACGAGCUAUCUGGACCUACAGAGUCCUCACAAUCGCAACAUGGCUCCUCAAUGUCAUCUUCUCACUCUACUACACUUUCGGACAACCAUUGGAUGAUAAAGUCGGAUGGAGAAAUUCAAUCUGGGGACAUAACCGCACCCACCCAACUCCUUUUGCCCUCAAUGCUUUGAUUGCCUCCCUGUAUUGGUAGGCCAACCCCCUCCAAGUUCGAGAACCUUUGUAACUGAAUCUCUAGGGCCGCACUCUUCCUUCUACAGAUUGCUUACUUGUGGCAUCUCUUCUCCAAUGAUACUGCCCACGUCCACGCAGCAGCAGGUGUUGGGUCUCAUUUUAUAUUCAACAACCUUCUCCAGUUUGCCUUUGUCACGCUCUUCGUUCGAUCGCAUUUCUUUUGGGCAGAAAUCAUACUCAUCAUCAACUUCUUCAAUCUCUCGUUCCUCUACUUCCGUCAUAAUACGGUAACACGACUGGUACAUAUCCCUGUGGCAUCUGGGCCACUUGCAUGGACAUUCGUGGCAUUAUAUUGGAAUGGAGCAAUUGCUGUCAAUGCCCACCACCUUGCAGCUCGUAUCCUGGCCAAUGUCGCCAUCUGGGGAAUUCUCGUUUAUGGAUUGUUCUUCCUCUUUGCCUAUAAGGUUGGUAGAUUUCCUCUUUGGACGUCGGUCUGUAACUAACUAUCGGAAAGGAUUAUACCAUGGGAUUUGCUCUUAGUAUCUUGACUGCUUGCUUGGGAGUCGGACAAUUCCUCACGAAAGUCAUUGCAUUCCAAUGGAUCUUUGCAUUUACUAUUAUGGCAACUUUGUUUGUUGCUACGCUUCUUAUUGCAGUCCCAGGUAUCUUUGGCAAGGAAUUCAGCAUUAGACGAGAGGGUUCUCUUGUUCCAGCAGACCAGGAGAGAGCACCAUUGUUGGAUGACAAUUAG